AUGGGAAGCAGCAGUAAGAGCAUAAACGAAGAGUCAUUGUCACAGCCCCGUGAAAAAGAUCGAGAAGAAAAACAACAAAAGAAAUCUGGAUUGCUUUGCACCCCAACUCUAAUGCUGAUUACUGCAAUAGCCAUCAUUGCUAUUCUUAUACUCUUCUGCAUUUCAACCUAUCUGAUCACUCGAGCACAAUUCAAACACCUCCUGUCUGAGGCUAAAAAUCACACCCAAAGAGAAAACUCACAAAAGCCGACUUUUGUCACCAUGAAGGACCUACGGCUUCCGAGAAACCUGAAACCAGUGUCCUACGAUCUUGUCAUCAAAGUCUACCUCCCUUUCUAUGUAGACUUCCCAGCCUCUAAGAAUCUCACAACUGAUGGAGAAGUGGUCAUUGAUAUUGUUGUCUUGAAGCCAACGAGUGAAAUCAUUUUAAAUAUGAAGGAGAUUCGUAUUUUCCCAGAGAAAUGCGAGGCACACUCAAAUGGUGCACGUAUUCCUAUCACAAAAACGAAAUUUGCUGGCAAUCUCGAAAAAGUAGCUUUUGUGCUGGCUGAGACACUGUAUGUUAACCAGAAUGUGAAGCUGAAGGUGUUCUUCAGCGGUAUUGUGAACAAUGGGCUUUUAGGAUUGUACCAGACCAUCUUCAACGACUCACAAGGAAAGCUGAAAAUUGCUGCUGCGACGCAGUUUGAGUCAGCAAAUGCACGACGGAUGGUGCCUUGCUUCGAUGAACCAGAAUAUAAGGCAACAUGGAAUGUUACCAUAAUCCAUCCCAAGGGAACAACAGCACUUUCCAAUGGGAUUGAAAUCAGUGAAACUACGGAGCCAGAUGGGAAUUGGAAGGUAUCAACGUUUCAGCAGACACCUGUUAUGUCCUCGUAUCUCCUUGCCAUAUUUGUAUCAGAAUUUGAUUUCGACGAAUCCCACACAAGAAGAAGCGUAAGGUUUCGAGUGUGGUCUCCUCCUUCUACCAAAAAAGAGAGGAAGUUUGGAUUAAAAGCAGCAAUUAUUUAUAUGGAAACAUUUGAGAAAUAUUUUGGUAUUGAAGAUGUCGUCAUGAAACAAGAUUUGGUUGCUGUACCGGAUUUUUCUGCGGGUGCAAUGGAAAACUGGGGUUUAAUCACAUUCAGACCACAUCUAGUGUUAUUAUCGUCAUUGCCAUCAUCGAGAACGUAUCAUAUAGGGAGUGUUAUAGCCCAUGAGCUAGCUCAUCAAUGGUUUGGUAAUUUGGUAACGAUGAAGUGGUGGAAUAAUUUAUGGCUCAAGGAAGGUUUCGCUAAUUACUUUGAAAAAUUAGAAUUGAAUGAGAACAGGGACAUGCGAAUUAGUAAAGUCGAACUCCUUGAUAGUUUUGAAUUUUCAAUGGAAGUAGAUUCGCUUGCUGCUAGUCGUCCACUUUCAUCUAUUAUAGACAUACCAACCGAAAUAACUGAGUUAUACGACGGUAUAUCUUAUGAUCGAGGAGGCUGUAUCAUUUCUAUGAUACAUGAAAUAGUUGGAAUGGAGAACUUUAGAAAAGCACUGAGUCACUACCUCAAAAAAUUCUCCUUCAAAAACACAUGCGUAAAUGACCUGUGGCAGGCUUUCGACGAUGUUGUCGAAGGAGUCAAAGGGCCUGAUGGACAGAAAUUGAAUAUGGUCGAUUUCGGUUCCCGAUGGUCAAAACAGAUGGGUUUUCCACUCGUAACUGUCAAGCAUUUGAACUCUACCACGCUGAAGAUAAUCCAGGAAAGAUAUAUGAAAGUCCCCCAUGCAGUUGGACUAGAGAAAUAUAGAUCUUCAAAUUUGGGGUAUAAGUGGGACGUUCCUCUGUGGUAUCAAUGGGAUGACCGCCAAGUGCAUUACACCUGGUUGAAACGAGAUGAACCAUUGUACAUACAUCGACGCAACGGAGCACCUAUUGUUAUUAACGUUGAAAAACGUGGAUACUUCAUUCAAAACUACGACGCAUUUGGCUGGGAGAAGAUAGCAAAACAACUUAUAAAAGAUCAUAAGAUUUACGACUCCUAUACAAGGUAUACAAUUAUUAAUGACGCUUUUGCGGCAGCUCUCAUUGAUCGAGUAGAUUAUCAAACAGUAUUCAGCCUGUUGAUAUACCUACCUAAAGAGCAGAGUAAUUUGGUAAUCUAUGGAGCAAAAGCAGCUUUCGAAACUAUACAAAAUCUCUUCGACACUGAAGAAGGAAGAAAUUUGGCUCGCAACUUUGCCAUCAAUAUAAUGACAAAUUCUUAUAUGCGCUUGUACUCUGAAUAUAUAAGUGGUGAAGCUCUAGCACCUGGAAACGAGGGUACAGCAACGAACAUUGUUCUACGACACGGUAAAUACGAAAACAUCUUUUGGGACUCGAAGAAAUCCUUGGAACUGAGACUAGCGACGUCUCUAAUAGAAUCUUAUUGUGACGUUGCUCCAAACAACUGUUCCUCGACUUUUCGAUCACUUUUUGAAAAAGAAGUUCUCAAUAGGUGCCCAGAAGGCGAGAAAGCUAGUCAAUGUGUCAGGAUUUCGAAGUACUUUCGAGAGUGCACUUACUGCCAAGGAGUAAAACAAUUGGGGAGUGCUGCAGUAAAGAAGUUAAGAGCUUUGUACAAAUAUGAAAGCGAUGAGGAAGAGAGAUCUUAUCUUGAAAAGGGAUUGUUAUGCUCACAAAGAAUUGAAGAAUUAAAGGCCAUGCUGCGAAAUGCGAUUGAGUCGACCGAAGGUAGUCAAAUCCAACAUGUUCCACGCGUAUUUCAACACGUAGCAAGCAAUCCACUUUCGAGCGAAUUUUUAACUUAUUUUUUCAUUAAUAAUUGGGAAACAAUUUUUAAAAGGUUGCAAAAACACGAUAUGCAGCUGCAAAAGGUAAUCAGUGCAUGCCUCAGUAAAAUUCAUUCGAAUGCGGAAAUAACGCUGGUGAAACACUUCCGAGAAAUCACUCCCUUUUUACAACGACUCAACAUCAUUAAUGUUCGGAUAGAAGAAGCUGAACACAGAAUAAUGUGGCUUAAAAAACAUUCACAAAAGCUUACCGAAUUCUUUAAAUCUAAAGUGAAAUCGGUCAUCUAA